AAAUCCACCUCACCUCUGGGCAGCAGUGGGCAACACGGAUCUGCCCCGGCAGAUUCUCACUGUCCUUCCCUGGAUCUGCCGCUGGAGCUACUCCCCCUCUCUGCUCUUCCACCAGCAGCUUUCCCGAGUUUCCCUGGAGAAAGAAACCAAGAUGCUCCUCAAGCAAAGGAUCCCGUGCCCAGGACACCUGAUGGAGCACCGUGGGUGAGGGAUCCCCACUGAAGGACGAGCCAUGCAGUAGGAGCCAGCACAUCCCACAGAAGAGCAGGAGCCAGUGCUGCAGGAGGGACGGGACAUGUGGAGCCUCAGCUGCCUCCUCUGGGGACUCCUCCUCAUCCUCAGCACCACCAGCACGGAGGGCUUUGCCCAGGCAGGGCGCAGGGUGUGCUCGAGCCGCCUGAGCGCGCACGCCGAGUCCCACGUGCAGCCCGUGUACCAGCCCUACCUCACCACCUGCCAGGGCCACCGCCUCUGCAGCACCUACAGGACCAUCUACAGGGUUGCCUACAGGCAGAGGUACAGGCAGCUGCCCCAGCCCAUGGCCUCGUGCUGUCCUGGAUGGAGCAGAGCAAACGGCCACACGCUGGGCUGUAACAGAGCUGUGUGCUGGGAGCCGUGCCAGAACGGAGGGAGCUGCGCCUUCCCCGGGAGAUGCUCCUGCCCCCCCGGCUGGACAGGGCCAGCCUGCCAGACAGACGUGGAUGAAUGUGCCAGCCAGAGCCACGGGUGCAGCCAGCUCUGCAUCAACACUGCUGGGAGCUUCCACUGCGCCUGCCGGGACGGCUUCAGCCUGGCUGCCGAUGCCAAGGGCUGCCAGCCCCUGCUGCCAGCGCCUGGGACAGACACCUCCAGCCACACAGGUCCCUCCAGUGAAAUGAAGGAAGAAAUGAAGGACCUGAGGAGCAGAGUGGAAGCGCUGGAGCAGAAGCUCCAGCUGGUGCUGGCCCCCUUCCACAACCUGAUGCCUCCAGAGGAUGUGGGUGCAGACCCCAUCAGCCGCCUGUCCCACUCCCUCCAGCAGCUGGACAGGAUCGAGUCCCUGAGCGAGCAGAUCUCUUUCCUGGAGGAGAGGCUGGAGACCUGUUCCUGCAAGAAUGAGCUCUAGCAGAGUGCCUGGGGACCUGGAGCAAGCUGAGUGCAUCCACAGCUCUUCUCUCCCUCCAGCCCCAGGCUGGGGAUGAAGCCACAGCAUCAUAGGAAGGCACAGGGUGGCAGAAGGCAGGAGAAGGCAGGAGAAGGCUGGGCUCCCAUCAGCAUCUCCAUCGUUCUCUCUUCCAGCUCACCUCAGCAGAGGCCACACAGUUCCUUCCAAACUGGACUCUGAGCCCUCUCCCUGCUGGAGAGGCAGCAAAUAAAUGCCUUACCUCGUGCCAUGA